GGCAACUGGGCCCCUACUAGCCGGCCCAAAACUGCUCGACGCUGUACUCUCUCGCCGCCGCCGCCGUAGAGGGAGACGAGAGUCUAGACAAACUCUUUCCCCGUCGCUCCGGCGCCGCCGUUCUCAACUCACGCCCGCGUCUCGUCCGGCUGGUUCCGCUCCUCCCCAGCUCACGCUGCGGCGCUCGGAGUAGUGCACGCCAUGGAUGUCGAGGAGGCGGAGCGUGCCCGCGCAAGUGGUGAUGGCGUCGGCGGUGGCGGUGGCGGGUGCUCGGCUGCCGGACCGGACCGGCUGAGCUCGCUGCCGGACUGCCUCCUCCAUACCAUCAUGUCCUUCAUGAAGGCCCGGCAGGUGGUGCAGACGUGUGUGCUGUCUAAGCGCUGGAGGCACCUCUGGCGUUCCGUGUCGUGCUUCGACAUCGAAUUUGCUGAGUUCAAGAUGGUGCCUGUUUCUGAUAACAACUCUGGCUCUAGUGGCGACGACAACUCUGGCUCCGGUGGUGACGAUAACUCUGGCUCUGGUGGUGAUGACAACUCUGGCUCCAGUGGUGAUGACAACACUGAUUCUGAUGGUGACAGCGUGGAAAGCACCGAUUCUGAUCUUGUAAGCUCUGAUUCCGACAACAGCGACGUCCCUGAUUCGGACGGCAACAGCUCCGAAUCUGAUCUUGACGACUCCGACUCCGACAUCACAACUUCUUCUGAUGAGGGCAGCUCGGAAUCUGAUUCUUCCAUCUUUGGCGCUAACAGCUACGACGACAACAAGGUCAAGUACAAGGAAUGGGAGGAUUUUGAGGAUUUCACUGUGAACCUGAUGCGCCAAUGUAACAUUGCACAGCUGGAUUCAUUCCGCCUGCAUGUAGCUGGGAGCAGAGCACCUCAGUUUGGCAAUAGACAGGCAGCUGGAUGGCUCCGUCGCGCGUUGAAGUACUGCACCCCAGACCGGUCUGGUCAGCAUAGAGGAGUGAGCUCUGGUUCUUGGCAUCUCAAAAGCCUGCAUCUCUGCCAUGUAUUUCUGGAUAACGGUUUCAUGAAGCGUGUUAAUUCAGUGUGCCGCUCUUUGGAGGAUUUGGAGCUGGACGACUGUAGUUGUCAAAUUGAGUCAGUCACCUCCCAGACGCUGAAGACCAUGGUUCUGAAGAAUUGUAGAUGGCGCAAUCUUUCUGUGAUUGCAUCGUCCACAAUGAAGACACUGGUUAUUGAUGGUGGCUCGAAUACUGAUGACUGUGGGAUGGUUAUCUUGGCCCCUGCUGUUUCAUAUCUGAACCUGGCUGUGAAGGCUGGCCAAUUUUGUGGUGGUGUUUCGAUAAACGAGGUGCCAUCCCUUGCCAAAGCUUCAAUUCAUAUAAAGGGUCACGGUCAAUUUUAUGGUUUCAUCAGAAGUAAACUUGACGGCGAUCAGUUUAAGCUUCUUUGUAGCAUAUCGAACGUGACAAGUUGUCAGGCGUCGGGUCAAGGGUGCUUGGAAAGGAACCCAGAUUCCAAAAAUUCAAGAACCUGAGGAACUUAAUGCUGAACAAAUGUAAUCUCAGUGACAACUUCCACAUAUUGGCUUUCUUUCUUGAGAGUUCACCUAUUCUUGAGAAGCUCACUUUGCGGCACUGCAAGUUCCCAAAAUAUUCUAGCAAAAAGAAAGGAACGCCCAUACUCAACAAGACCUCAUCUUCUGAGCUCUGUGGACUGGAUCUGCUCUGUGAGAACCUCAAGGUUGAAAUCAUAUAUAAAGAUGGCUAUGGACCCCACCUUGUCAGGCUUCUGCAGCGUGUUUCAGUGAAUCUGUUGGAAAAUAACAUUAAACUCACCAGAGUUAAUUAGUGUUAUUGGUAUCCCAGGCCUUCAGAUGUAGAAUUUAGUAGCACAUUAUAGGUUACCUUCAGAUGCCCUAAAAUCGAAAGCCUAUACUUUUGACCAAUUUCUAAGUGAUGAAGGCCUUUGCUGUAUUGACUAUUAUGCUAUUGGUUAUCACUCUUUUUCCUUGCUUAAGGAUAUGGCUGCCUCUGGGAAUUAUCUGUUUUAAGCCCUGUGUACUGUGUGCCUGUGUAAAUUGUGCACUUACAUGUUUGCUUUUGUGUUUUCUGUCUGAGGUCUCGUUCACCCGAAA